AACAACCAAAAAAAGGUGCACCAAUUUAUCCAAUUAUUUAAUGGAUAUGCAUAAACUAUAGUACAUGUAAAAUCAAUAGAAGAAAUAUUACAUGUAAAAUCAAUAAAAUCAAUAGAUCUGGAGUCUCGUAAAACUCUGAAUCUACGGUACUUUGGCUCCAGAUCUGUUCCGUUCAUCUUUUAAAACCGGAGGUACUUCGCGUGAUGUCUGGUUACGUGUAGAAAAUCAGUUUCGCAACAACAAAGAGGCGAGGGCGAUCCAGCUAGACAAUGAGCUUCGUAAUCAGGUAAUUGGGGAUCGAUCCAUUAAAGAGUAUUGUCAGAAAAUAAAAUCUCUUUCAGACUUACUCUCCAAUGUUGAUGCCCCGGUGACUGAACGAACCAUGGUGACGUACUUGCUCAAUGGUCUCGAUGAGAAGUUUGAUUACAUUAUCAAUGUAAUCAAACACAAAGAACCCUUUCCAUCAUUUGAGACUGUAAAAUCGAUGCUGUACCUUGAAGAAUCACGCCUCAAAAGAGCACAAAGACUAACUGCGAAACAUUCAGAUCACUCAUCCUCCACAACGGCUCUCACGGCGACAACAACAACAGAACCAGACACUCGCUCAUUCAACCACCCUAGUAAUCGUUCACAGUUCAACAGCAACAACAGAGGAAAUCGCAAAAACAGAGGUUCAAGAGGAGGUGGUCGAAAUAACUUUCAGUCUAGACCCAAUUUUCCCAACUGGGCCACACCUCCAUUCAGGCAAGGCCCAUUCCCAUCUUGGCCCAACUACUAUGGUCAAUGGCCUCAGCAACCGUACCGACCGUCGUUCCCAACACCGCAUCCCCCACAGUCGCACCAGCAGGCACAUCUGAUGGAGCUUCAGCCUGCUGCUCCGAUAACUGAAAUGCUUGCUGAUCCAACAGCCUAUCCGUGGAUUAUGGAUUCGGGGGCAACGGCACAUCUCUCCUCCACAACAGGAUCUUCCAACACGGAGAACUCUUCUCCGUUGUGAUAGCCUUGGUGACCUCUACACUCUUCCAGCCUCAUUCAAUAAAACACCACCUCAAUCAACUGCUCUCCUAGCUUCCACUCCUUCUCUUUGGCAUAAACGAUUGGCUCACACUAAUAAUGCUUUUCUUGAUUCUGUUUUUUCAAACUCUUUGGGUAUUUGUAAUAAGCACAAGCCUUCUCAAACUUGUGAACCUUGCUAUUUGGGCAAACAAAUAAAGUUACCAUUCGAAUCUUCAAAUACUUUUGUUUCCAAAGCUUUUGAAAUAAUACACUCUGAUGUUUGGACAUCUCCUGUUCCAAGCAUUAGUGGAAUCAAAUAUUAUGUGUUGUUUCUUGAUCAUUUCACACCUUAUCUGUGGGUCUAUCCUCUUCGCCGAAAAAGUGAUGUUUUCUCUAAAUUCAUUCACUUCACCUCACUGAUUAAAACUCAAUUCAAUGCUCACAUUCAAGCUUUUCAAUGUGACAAUGGUGGAGAGUAUAACAACCAUCAAUUCCAUAAAUUCUUUGAUUCCAAUGGAAUCAAGGUUCGUUUCUCCUGUCCUCACACCUCCCAGCAAAAUGGAAAAUCGGAAAGGAUGAUCAGAACAAUAAACAAUGCCAUUAGAGCUCUUCUUUUUCAGGCUCGCCUAGCACCUAGCUAUUGGGUUGAGGCCUUAAAUGUGGUUGUUCAUGUUUUGAACAUCCUUCCAUCAAAAUCGAUACAAAAUAAAAUCCCUUUUGCUCUGCUGUUCAACAAACCUCCUUCCUACAAUCAUCUUAGAGUUUUUGGCUGUUUAUGCUUCCCAAAUCUCAAUCAUUCAAAUCUUCCUAAACUCUCACCAAGAAUAACACCAUGUUUGUUUCUUGGAUAUCCAACCCAACACAAAGGGUAUCGCUGCUUGAAUUUGAAAAACCAAAAAAAUUAUUAUCUCACGACAUGUUCACUUUGUCGAAGAUACAUUCCCAGUAACUGAUCGCUCCCUACCUAAAACUCCAACAUAUACAUUUCUGGAUGCUGAUGCAGAAACACCACCACUCUUCAAACAAAUUCUCGAAAAACCAAACUCUUUACCAACUGCACCAACAUUACCAAACACCAUCCCUACGUCCACUCUUCCACCUGUUCCAAGUCACUCCAUGACCACUCGGUCAAAAUCUGGCAUCACUAAACAAAAACAAGUGCUUUCUCUUCUAACCACAUCUAAAUCACCCCUUCCAAAAGGUCAUAACCAAGCACUACUGGAUCCAAAUUGGAAUCCAGCUAUGACUGAUGAAUAUGGUGCUAUGAUAGAUACUAAGAGUUGGAAUUUGGUACCUAGACCUCCAAAGGUCAAUAAUGUGAAAUCAAUGUGGCUUUCAGGCAUAAAUACGAUGCAGAUGGGAUUUUGACAAGACAUAAAGCAAGGUUGGUUGCAAAUGGCAAGUCUCAAGAGCAUGGUGUCGACUACACAGAAACAUUUAGUCCAAUGGUCAAACCAGCAACGAUAAGAGCAGUUCUUGAUGUGGGUGUUGCCUUAAACUGGCCAAUGCAUCAGCUAGAUGUCAAAAAUGCUUUCCUGCAAGGUGACUUAAAGGAAACAGUCUAUAUGCAUCAGCCCCCAGGUUUUGUAAGCAAAGAGUUUCCAAAUCAUGUCUGCAAACUUCAAAAAGCAAUAUAUGGCUUAAAACAAGCUCCAAGAGAAUUCUCGAUUAACUACGCUUCUGGUCAAACUGGAUUUUGUCAUGAGCAAAGCAGACAACUCGUUAUUCGUUUAUAAACGAGGUCCAGAAAUGGCUUACAUACUCGUAUAUGUCGAUGACAUAAUGCUCACUGCAUCCACUGUUCCACUUAUGCAGAAAAUUAUUGAUCGCUUGAAAUAUGAGUUUCCAAUGUCAGAUUUGGGCAAGCUUCGACAUUUUCUGGGAAUCAAGGUCGAUUACAACACGAAAGGUAUGUUUCUAAGUCAACAUGCUUAUGCAAAGGACAUCAUUAAAAGAGCAGGCAUGGCUGAAUGUAAAUCUUGUGCUACACUGGUGGAUCUGCAAUCCAAACUCUCGGCAACAACAGAGGGUGAUCCAAUCACUGAUCCAACAACUUAUAGAAGUCUCGCAGGAGCUCUACAAUACCUCACAUUCACCAUACCAGAUAUAGCUUAUGUUGUUCAUCAAAUUUGUCUAUAUAUGCAUGAUCCAUGGGUUCCUCAUAUGAAUGCUCUCAAACGAAUUAUUCGGUAUCUGCAAGGUUCAGUGAAACAUGUUCUACAACUAGUUCGGGGAAAUAUUACUUCUCUCACUGCAUACACCGAUGCGGACUGGACAGGUUGUCCGAACACACAUCGAUCAACAUCCGGUUAUUGUGUUUUUCUAGGUUCAAACCUUGUCUCAUGGUCAGCAAAAAGACAACAAACGGUCUCACGUUCAAGCUCAGAGGCUGAAUAUAAAGGCAUGGCAAAUGUGGUGGCUGAACUAACAUGGUUGCGCAAUCUCAUGCGUGAGCUUCAUCUCCCUCUGCAUAAAGCAUCUAUAGUCUACUGUGAUAACAUUGGCUCUGUCUACUUAGCGACGAAUCCGGUGCAGCAUCAACGCACCAAACAUAUCGAACUAGAUAUUCAUUUCGUUCGUGAAAAGAUAGCGAUUGGCGAAGUCAAGGUCGUACAUGUCCCAUGUUCUCUCCAAUAUGCCGAUAUCUUCACAAAAGGUUUAUCAACAUGUCUAUUCCAAGAGUUUCGAACCAGUCUAACCAUCCAAGAACCGGAAGCUUCAACUGCGGGAGGGUGAUAGAAUAUAGGGAUAUUCGGUUACAACUACUUACCUAUUGUUGUAUAUAUUCUGUUUCAUAUAUCCUAGAUGAUAGGAAUAUCUCUGUAACUAAUUUAGCUUUUAUAAAGCCGUGUAAAUCAAUGAACAAGGCAAGGGAGAUUACAGAUCUUUCAACAACAAGAUCCUCGGGUCGGUUGGCAUGUAUGUCAUCCUAGUUUUUUUUUAAAUGUGGCGUCCCAAAGCUGUUCAAGAUUUUAUGACAAUCUCUGACACACUCUGUUUUUGCGGCUGUCGAAGAACAUUUGUUUGCGUUGAGAUCAAGACAGAGCAAUGCAUUUUCCUUAACGAGUGUAAGGUGAGAUAGAGCUAUAUCAAAUGGAGAAACCACUCUCAAAAACAGACAACAAAAGCAAAAGACCAAUGGGAUUGAUCUACAUCUACUUUUUGUGGAAAUUGAUCCAUAUCAUUUCAUUAGAAGAAAAAAGAAGGUAUUACAUAAGCGCGAGUAUAAAAUAUAAUUAAAACCAUGCCCGGUCAAUAAUCACGUAAGGUUGAUGAUAAAAAAUUGUCCCUGCGUAUGGGUCAAAAGCCAGAAAUGACGCCAUAACACAAUCAAGUUAAGCAUAAAUUAGGAAAUGUUUACAGUCAUUAUCUCAUCUUUAUGGUCAUCAAAUGGUCAUCUCCCAUUAAAAACCAAGAUAACAAAGAUAUAAAAUAAUGUUUCUCUUUGUGGGGUGUGCUUUGGUAAAAGAAAUAAGCAAAAAAAAAAAGUUGUGACACGAACGGCACAAAAA